UGCAGCUCUUUGGAGGCGGUAGCUUCUUCGGCGUCGCGACUGGAGGCUGAGUGCUAGACUGUGUGGGGCGCAAAUAGGAUCCCGCUGUUAGUCGUGGAAGAAAAUGAGAAACAAGUAAUUUAGUGGAAAGAGAAUUAGGCUUUGGAAUCAGAAGAUCUGGAUUCGAGUCCCUAUUUUCCUUAUUGUAUAUAUGAAACUUUGGCUUUGUGUUAUUCUUGGAAAAUUUCGCACCACUUGUGAAUUCCUUGAACCUGGGCAUUGCAAACCCACUUCUGUUGGGCCCAUCUUCUUUGCACUUUGCUCAGAUUAAGACUCAGUUGGCGCUUCAGCAGCUGAAUGCCGUUGCCUCACAUGGUUCCACACCACCUUAUGCUUUAUUAAAUCAGGCAUUUUUGAAAGUAGCCAUGUCGAGACCCAGGUUUAAUCCUCGAGGAAACUUUCCACUUCAAAGGCCACGAGCACCUAACCCUUCUGGGAUGAGGCCUCCAGGACCAUUUAUGAGGCCUGGAUCUAUGGGUCUUCCAAGAUUUUACCCAGCAGGGAGAGCCCGUGGAAUUCCACACAGAUUUGCUGGCCAUGAAUCUUAUCAGAACAUGGGACCACAGAGAAUGAAUGUUCAGGUAACUCAACACCGAACUGACCCAAGAUUGACCAAAGAAAAAUUGGAUUUUCAUGAAGCAGAAAAGAAGGGGAAACCUCAUGGUAGCCGAUGGGAUGAUGAGCCUCAUAUAUCUGCAUCAGUAGGAGUGAAACAGAGUUCUAUAACACAGGUUACAGAGCAGAGUCCUAAAGUACAGAGCCGCUAUACAAAAGAGAGUGCCUCAAGUAUCUUAGCAAGUUUUGGAUUAUCUAAUGAAGACCUGGAAGAAUUGAGUCGUUAUCCUGAUGAACAGUUAACUCCUGAGAAUAUGCCAUUGAUUUUGAGGGAUAUAAGAAUGAGAAAAAUGGGACGCCGAUUACCUAAUUUACCUUCUCAGAGCAGAAAUAAAGAAACGCUUGGUAGUGAAGCAGUUUCAAGUAAUGUGAUUGAUUAUGGGCAUGCAAGCAAAUAUGGCUACACAGAAGAUCCACUCGAAGUGCGUAUUUAUGAUCCUGAAAUCCCAACUGAUGAAGUCAAGAAUGAAUUUCGGUCACAGCAGAGCAUUUCUGCAUCUGUUCCCACUCCAAAUGUGAUAUGUAAUCCUGUCUUUCCUGUGGAAGAUAUGUUUCGCCAGAUGGACUUCCCUAGUGAGUCCUCCAAUAAUCAGUCAUUUUUCCCAGUUGAGAGUGGAACUAAGAUGUCAGGCUUACACAUUACAGGACAAUCAGUCCUUGAACCCGUAAAAUCCAUCAGCCAGUCUAUUAACCAAGCAGUUAGCCAGACAAUGAGUCAGUCUCUGAUUCCUCCUUCUAUGAACCAGCCUCCUUUUUCAUCUGAAUUAAUUUCGGGUGUAAGCCAGCAAGAGCGGAUCCCACAUAAGCCUGUGAUUAAUUCGUCUGAUGUUCAUGUUGGAUCAAGAGGAAGUAAAAAGACUUACCAAUCAGAGACUGAUAUUCCCAUUCAGUCUCCCUUUGGGAUUGUGAAAGCAUCUUGGCUACCAAAGUUUUCACAUGCUGAUGCCCAGAAGAUGAAGAGACUCCCAACUCCUUCUAUGAUGAAUGAUUAUUAUGCAGCGUCUCCAAGAAUAUUUCCACAUUUGUGUUCUCUGUGUAACGUAGAAUGUAGUCAUUUGAAGGAUUGGAUUCAACAUCAAAACACAUCUACUCACAUUGAGAGCUGUCGACAGUUACGUCAACAAUAUCCUGAUUGGAAUCCAGAGAUCCUCCCAUCAAGAAGAAAUGAGGGCAAUAGAAAAGAAAAUGAAACUCCAAGAAGACGUUCUCAUUCUCCCAGUCCUAGGCAUUCUAGGAGAUCAAGCUCACGUCACAGGUUCCAUCGAUCACGAAGCCCAAUACGUUAUACGUAUAGACCAAGAAGUCGAAGUCCAAAGAUUUGUCAUCGUUUUAUUUCUAGAUUCAGAUCCAGAUCCAGAUCCCGUUCACCAUAUCGAAUUAGAAAUCCAUUUAGAGGUAGUCCAAGAUGUUACCGAUCAGUUAGCCCUGAGAGGACGUCAAGGAGAUCAGUGAGAUCAUCAGAUAGGAAAAAAGCAUUAGAAGAUGUAGUACAACGAUCUGGACAUGGGGCAGAAUUUAAUAAACAGAAGCAUCUUGAAGCAGUUGAUAAAGGACACUCACCAGCACAAAAGCCUAAAAUUGUCAGUGGAACAAAGCCAUCAGUUAAAUCUACAACCUCUACAAAGAGUGAUACAAAUUUAGGAGGACAUUCUACUCGUAAAUCAAAGAAUCUUGAAGAUGACAGUUUAUCAGAAAGUAAACAGGUGUCUGAUAAAGCUGUCUCUCUCCAGCGUAAGUUUCGGAAAGAGCAGUCUUUACGUUAUGGCUCAGUUCUUCUUGUGUCCGAAUUACCAGAGGAUGGCUGUACUGAAGAAGAUAUUAGGAAAGUAUUUCAGCCAUUUGGAAAAGUCGCUGAUAUCCUGAUUGUUCCAUAUAGAAAGGAGGCUUAUUUGGAAAUGGAAUUUAAAGCAGUUACUGCAGUCAUCAAGAACACUGAUACAGUGCCUCUUCUGAUAAAAGGAAAAAGUGUGAAAGUAUCUGUUCCAGGAAAGAAAAAAGUCCAGAACAAAGAAAUGAAGAAGAAGACUUCAGAUACAAAGAAAUUAUCUACAGCUGCUUUAAACAGAAAAGAUACAGAUGCUUCAAAAACUGUUGAAACUGUUACUUCAACUUCUACUGCCAAAGCUGGACAAGCCAAGACAUCCACAGCCAAAGUAAAUAAAUCUGCAGGAAAAUCAGCAGGCUCUGUAAAAUCUGUGGUCACAGUAGCUGCUAAAGGUAAAGCUGUCAAAACAGCUAAGUCAACUGGAAAGAAGUCUCUAGAGUCCAAAAAGGUCGGGAAUGUCAAAAACAAAGACUCCAGUAAACCUGUAACUCUACCAGCAAACUCUGAAAUAAAGACCAGUUUGGAAGUUCAAGCCUCUGAAAACAGUGCUAAAGAAACCAUUUCAGAAGCUGCUUUGGAGGUCACAGAAAAUGAAUCAGUCAGCAAGGAAACAGAGGAAAUGUGUGUGAUACUUAUUUCUAAUUUGCCUAAUAGAGGAUAUUCUACAGAAGAAAUUUGUAAUUUGGCAAAACCAUUUGGUGGUUUAAAGGAUAUUUUGAUUUUAUCAUCUCAUAAAAAGGCAUUUAUAGAAAUAAAUAGAAAAUCUGCAGAAUCUAUGGUCAAAUUUUAUACCUGCUUCCCAAUAUCCAUGGAUGGAAAUCAACUUUCCAUAAGUGUGGCUCCUGAGAACAUGAAUAUAAAAGAUGAGGAAGCUCUGUUUAUGACUUUGAUUAAAGAAAAUGACCCAGAGGCAAAUACAAAUAAAAUUUACAACAGAUUUGUGCAUCUUUAUAAUUUACCAGAAGAUGGACUUCAGUGUGUACUUUGUGUUGGACUUCAGUUUGGAAAAGUAGAUCACCAUAUAUUCAUGAAUAAUAAAAACAAGGCAAUUCUUCAGUUAGAAAGCCCUGAAUCUGCUCAGUCAAUGUACAAUUUUCUGAAACGACAUCCACAAAACAUAGGUGACCAUGUAUUGAUCUGCACUUUAUCUUCAAAGAUAGAUUCAUCAGAGGUUCAAACUGAGAAAGAACCAGAAUUAAAAGAAAGUACUUUUAGCCCUGGCUUGAAAAACAGUCCAGUUGAUGAAAGUGAGGUCCAAACAGCAGCUGAUAGUCCCUCUGUUAAACCUAGUAAGGUUGAAGAAGAAACUACUCCCACUAUUCAAACAGAAACUUUGGUACAGCAGGAAGAGCCUUGUGAGGAAGAACCUGAAAAAGUACUUUGUGAUUCUGACUUUGCUAUUGAAACGUUUGAAAUUGAAACUCAAGCAGAGGAGAUUAAAAUAGAACUCCCUCUUGUUGCAUCCAUUCCAGCCAGUACUGAAUUAUUCACUGAAAAUAUAGAGGAGUGUGCUUUAAAUCAGCAGGUGUAUUCCAGUGACUUUGAGAAGGAAGAGGCAGAAAUUAUGAACCCUGAAACAGAAUUAUCAACAUCUGACAGUGCAUUUGUAGAAGAAAAGAAUGUCAAAGGAAUUCUAGAAGAACCUCCAUCUAAGGCAGAAGAUUUCUUUGCUGGAAUUACACAGUCUAUGGCAGAAGCUGUAGCUGAAGUGGAUAAACAUGAAACUGUUUCAGAAAUAGUGCCAUCUGCUUGUGUUGUCACCGUAGUACCAGAUGACACUGGGGAUGAGAAGGCAGUAAGCAAAAAGAAUAUUUCUGAAAAAAAUAACAUGGAUGAGAAGGCAGAGAAUCAAUUUAAUACAAAGGAAACCAGAAUGGAUCUACAAAUAGGAACAGAGAAGACUGAAAAGAAUGAAGCUAGAAUGGUUGCAGAAAAAUUAGAAAAGAUUAUGGCAGCAGUAAAAGAAAAACCUGCAGAAAACGUAAUCAAGACGUACCCAAAUAAAAGAGCGAGUCAGACCAGUAAACCUGAUGAAACUGGUAAAACUAGUAUGCUGGCUGGAUCGAAUGUAUCUAGCAGCAAAUCAAGCAUCAAGGUUACUAUGGUCCCUUCUAAGGCAAAAGCUACAGCUUCAAAAAGUGAAAAUCAGAAAAGUUUUCUAAAAUCUGUACUUACAGAUCAAAUAAAUGCUGAAAAGAAACUUUCAGCCAAGGAAUUUGGUCUAUUUAAAAGUGCCAGAUCAGGCUUGGCAGAAAGCAACAGUAAAUUCAAACCCACGCAGAGUGGUGUUACCAGAGGAGGCAGUGGAAGGAUCUCAGCACUGCAAGGCAAGGAUUCUAAAUUGGAUUACAAAGACAUAACAAAACAGUCUCAGGAAACUGAGGCUAGACCUUCCAUCAAACGGGAUGACAGCAACAAUAAGGCUUUGGCCGGACAAAACACUAAGAAUUCUAAAAGUACCACUGGUAGAAGUUCCAAAUCUAAAGAGGAACCAUUAUUUUCAUUUAAUUUGGAUGAAUUUGUUACUGUGGAUGAGGUUAUAGAGGAAGUGAAUCCUUCACAAGCCAAGCAGAAUCCAUUAAAGGGAAAAAGGAAAGAAGCUCUCAGAAAUACUCCUCCUUCUGAACUGAACUUAAAGAAGAAAAAGGGGAAAACUUCUGCCCCUCGUAGUGUCGAGGGAGAAUUAUCUUUUGUAACAUUGGAUGAGAUUGGAGAAGAGGAAGAUGCAGAUGCACAAGCUCUAGUCACGGUGGAUGAAGUAAUUGAUGAAGAAGAACUAAAUAUGGAAGAAAUGGUAAAAAAUUCAAAUUCGCUUCUUACAUUAGAUGAAUUAAUUGACCAUGAAGAUUGCAUUUCCCACAGUGAACCAAAAGAUGUUACCGUUCUGUCAGUGGCUGAAGAACAAGAUCUUCUGAAGCAGGAACGCUUGGUAACUGUGGAUGAAAUUGGAGAAGUAGAAGAGCUGCCUUUAAAUGAGUCAGCAGACAUAACCUUUGCCACUUUAAAUGAUAAGGGAGAUGAAGGAAAUACUGUCAGGAAUUCUAUUGGGUUCAUUUCUUCUCAGAUGCCUGAAGACCCUUCUACUUUAGUUACUGUAGAUGAAAUACAAGAUGACGGUAGUGAUUUACAUUUAGUGACUUUGGAUGAAGUAACUGAAGAGGAUGAAGACUCUUUGGCUGAUUUUAAUAACCUUAAAGAGGAGCUCAAUUUUGUUACUGUUGAUGAAGUUGGAGAGGAGGAAGAUGGAGAUAAUGACUUAAAAGUUGAGUUAGCACAAAGUAAAAAUGACCAUCCUACAGAUAAAAAGGGAGAUAGAAAGAAGAGAGCUGUGGACACACAGAAGACAAAAUUGGAAACUUUGUCCCACGUGGGUCUAGUAAAUGAGAAUGUUAUGGAAGAAGAUUUGAAAACCACGAUUGAAAGACACUUAGCAGCUAAAACACCAGUGAAGAGAGUUAGAAUGGGGAAAACACCACCCUCAGAAAAGGUUGUUGCAACAGAACCAGCAAAAGGUGAAGAGGCCUUCCAAAUUAGUGAAGCUAAUGAAUCUGAAUUAAAGGAUUCAGAACCAGAUCGAAAACGCAAGAAGAUUGAAGAUGCUUCUUUAGACAAAUCAGUGACACCUGAUGUCCCUGAAGAUUUAGAUUUUCUUGUACCGAAGGCUGGAUUCUUCUGUCCAAUUUGUUCCCUCUUCUACUCAGGUGAAAAAGCAAUGACAAAUCACUGCAAGAGUACACGUCAUAAACAAAAUACAGAGAAAUUCAUGGCCAAGCAAAGAAAGGAAAAGGAGCAGAAUGAGGCAGAAGAAAGAAGCUCUAGGUGAUUGGGGGAAAGGGCAAAGAAUUCAUUAGAAAUUCAUUUAGGGUCCAGUUGAUUUGUGUAUUUUUGUUACCAUUUAAUUUGUAAUUUUUUGUUUCAGAAGCAAAUAUUCAUGUUGUACAAAUUUCUGAUUGCCCUUGAUGUAGAAAGACUAAUGGGAAAAGUAUGAUGGGUUUGAUUUUUAUAUCAAAUCAUCAGGCAUGGAGAAAUAUCUUUUAGAAGUGUUAAAAUAAAUGUUCCUACUGUAUAUUUAAAAUACCA